AUGUCUUCGUGCUAUAGUGGUUUCGACGAUCGCUCAUUCGAGUUUGAAGAUUCCUCUGACGACAGCGGUUAUGAGAAAAGUUUCGAAACCGACUGCAAAGUUACGCCGCGUAAGCUCUGCUUCGAUGCCAGCGUUGAUUUCUAUGCGGCCUCCGAGUCAGCCAUGCCUUCUGGUUGCUACAAUACUAGCGGUGUUGGCCCACUGUUGGAGCGCUCUUCAUUUCCCGCACUGCUCGAUGCCAGCAGCAAUCAUAGUACGCGCAGUGGACGCACACUCGUAGAGCAUGUAAUCAGCAAAGCGCCACCGACAGAAUCAGAGUUCGCGCCCAAGCUAACAUCAACGCCCACGAAGAAUGCCGCCGGCGCUGGAAGUAGUGAUCAACCGACUGAACCGCGUCCCAAGCGCAAAUAUGCCGUCGGCAAGAAUCGUGUAACGCGUUCGCGGAGCCCCACCCAAGUGGUACGCAUCAAAAAGUUUCGCCGCAUGAAAGCAAACGAUCGGGAACGAAAUCGCAUGCAUACUUUGAACGAUGCCUUGGAGCGACUGCGCGUCACGCUACCGUCACUGCCAGAGGAGACGAAACUAACGAAAAUCGAGAUCUUACGGUUUGCGCAUAAUUACAUAUUUGCGCUCGAACAGGUGCUGGAGAGUGGUGGCACCAUCAAUCUCGAUCUGGAGAAGCUGCAGAAUUUCACACUAAGCGGAGAACGCAUCACCAAAGAGCUGUUUGAUGCCAUUUUCGUUAACCCACAACCCUACACGAGUAUCUACAGCAUGGGCUGUGGGCUCAGCGGACGUGUGCCGUAUGGCCUGCAGGAACAAAUGGCGGCAACACACCCCUACUUGGAACAACAGCAUCUGCUGCAACGCGGUCGCCCCCCACAGGGCUACGCAUAUGGUAGUGACAUGCGUCCCUACAAUGUGCAACACGAAUCACAUAAGCCGUUGGGCGAGCGCUUGGCGGAGCAUCCACAUUUUUCUCAGGAGAAAUACGAGCUGUACAAAAGCACCUUCGAGGCAGCAGCCAACAUACAACCCACCUCAGCUGCAAUGUACACGGGCGGUAUGUGCGCGCAAGGAGAACGAAAUAGGUCGGACAUCACUGCAACCGGAUUCACAACACAGCCAACAUACACCCAACUGUCGACGAGCAGCAACUGUUAUAUCGCCGAGGAUGAGUCGACGACGAUUGCAACAUCACCACCCAUGGCGAGGCAAGGGCGGGAGAACGCGCAGCCGUCAAUGUUGCACCACACCAGCAGUUUCUACACUCAAACGCCACCUUGGAGGGAUUACAACGAGCAGAUGCUGAACACCAGCCAUAGUAGCUUCGAACAGUACUCCCACGUAUAG